UUCAAGUAUCAAAUACAUAUAGAUACACAAAUUAAAUCAAUAUUAUUUUGUUCCUCUAUACAACCCUAAUAUCGAUUCAAACAAUCCUAAUUAUCUUUCUUUAAUGGCCAUUCUUCCAUUGCUGGUUCUAAAUCUCCUGCCUUAAUUUUUUUAAAAAAGGUGGAUUAAUAAACCAGCAAUGGAAGAGCCACAAUCAACACCACCACCACCUACUCUGCCCACAACUCCCUUAUCCCUCGUCAAGCCUUCCUCAAAAAAUGAUAAAAAAUGCCCCGUAAAAAUAGUUAGAGCCUUUCAAAAUGUGAUCCGGUCCUUCCCAAUUAUUAUGCCCGUAUGUAAACUCCCUUCUCUUCCCGGUGGCUGUUUACCCGAAAUAAAAAUUGGUGUGUCUGGCACAUUAUUCGGAUACCGAAAAGGCCGUGUCAGCCUUUCGAUUCAGGAAAACCCAGGAACUCUGCCUACCUUGGUCAUCGACCUAUCCAUGCAAACCAACACAUUACAAAAGGAAAUGAACCUUGGAAUGGUGCGCAUCACGUUGGAAUGCGAAAAAAGACCUGAUAGUAACACGAAGCUUCUAGAGGAGCCAUGUUGGACUAUGUUCGUAAAUGGGAAGAAAAGUGGCUAUUGUGCGAAAAGAGAUGCCACGGAGGAAGAUCUCUAUCUCAUGGAAGUACUUAAGGCGGUGUCUAUGGGAGCAGGCGUCCUGCCCCCAAAAUCCGACGUGGAAGGACACGCGGAUGAUGAGAUGUCGUACAUGAGGGCACAUUUUGAAAGAGUAGUGGGAUCAAAGGACUCAGAAACCUUAUAUAUGUUGAGCCCAGUUAUUAAAAGUGAACCUGAAUUGAGUAUUUUCUUUGUGAGGAUAUGAAUAUAUUUUCUCAGAUAAAGGGUUAUAUUUUGUAAAUUGAUUUGCUAGUGUUGUAGAUAUCAAUUUGUAUCUUUGUAGGUAGAGGAAUUGAAGAAUUUGGUGUACAGGGUUAAAGCAUUGAAAGGUUCUUAGGAUUAUCCAUUGUUUUUUUCAAAUUUCCUGUAUUGGUUUCUUGAUCAGUACUUAAUUCAUUCAAAGUUUUGAUGAUUUUUGUUUAUUGGGAAUCUAUGAACGCUAAAUUGUUAGUUCUUCCUUUUA